AUGUUUGUCGGUUGCAACGUCGAAGGCCAGCCUCCUCGCCGUAAUCCGUUUCUCGGCUGGCAUCAAUUGACGGCAACUCAGCAGGCGGAGUACACUACUCGCGCUAGAAACCUUAUCUGGGAUAAACUGGAGAAGAACUCGCGGAUGCUGCGGCAUCUUGGCAACACCUUGUACAAGAACGCGCCUGCCAUCGAAAUGGAGGAAAUGGCUCUCGCGAGAUUGCGGCACAUUCGAG